AUGAAAUGUCUCAGAUUUAUAUGUGAGGUUUGCCGCUUCCUGGGGGCAUGUGGGUUCUUUCGGCGAUGUGUUCAGGGUUUUGUCAAUGUUGUUCAUCCAUUGACACAACUUGCAAAGAAAGGGGUGACAUUCACAUGGUCACCAGAAGCAGAGAAGGCCUUUCAAGACCUUAAAGCUGCCCUUGUGUCAGCACCUGUUUUACGUCUGCCUGAUUUUGAGCGACAUUUUGAAAUUCAUACCAAUGCAUCUGCACAGGCUUUCGAUGCAGUUCUAAUUCAGCACAGUGAUAAUGGAGAACCGCAGGCUGCUUCAUAUUGGUCGAGGAUAUUGAAGGAUGCAGAGUCUUGUUACCCUGCCAUAGACCUUGAGGCUCUUCUCUUGUAUAAAAACCUGGCCCAGAAAAUUAUGUCCCUGUCCUGUUGUCAAGAUCUUUUACAGACUCUUUGCCAUGCUCACCAGAUGAGGGCCUUACUGUUAAUGAUCUUCUCAGAACACUCCUGUCAACCUUGCCACACUCGCCUCUACACACCCCUUCAAGAAUUUGAACUUGAUGAUGGAGUUUUGUAUCACCUGAAAUCCUUGCCAGCCCUUAUUAUCAGGCAGGUAUGCGUUCCUCAUUCGCUGCAGUCACAAGCCUUACAUCUCGCUCAUGACCAUCCAACUGCAGCUCACCCUGGUGCUCUGUGCACAUAUCACAAUUUACAAAAUACCUACUUUCCCAACAUGUUCCGGUUAUGCAAAUGGUAUGUGCAGCACUGUACAGUUUGCCAGCACAGGAAAGGUUCAUGUGAAGUGCCAAGAUGCAGUGUCGGCCUCCACCCAGUAGCCUCAUUAGAGCUCGUAUCUCCAGGUCUCUUGGAUUUCCGAGCUUCUGUGGGUUGCUAUCGUUAUAUUCUGUCAAUAGCGGACUACCACUCUAGAUUCUUACAAUUUGUCCCACUCAGGAAUAAGACGAUAGAAACGGUUCUUCAUGGAUUUUAUAAUCCUUUUAUAACUCUUUUAGGACCACCUAAGCAGAUAUUGACCGGCAAUGGGGGUGAGGAGAGUGCCUGA